AUGGUAAACGUUUAAUAAAUAAUAUCAAAUUUAACAAACCCUGUUUUCCAUACAAACGCAUGCUUUUAAAUUGAACUGUCAACCAAGUAUCAAGUGUUCAAUUUAAAAGCAUGCCAACUAAUAAGCGUUCAACUACAGUCAGAAUUCAAUAGUUUGUAUCAGAAUACCGGUUUUUUUUUUAAUUUCACAAAAAUCUUAUGGCCUGCCGAGAAAAAUUUUUCAUUUUUUCAUUUUUCAUUCAUUUUUUUGUAUGAAAAAACGUGCCAACUAAAAAGCACAUACUCAAUAGUUAGCAUGGAAUCGAAGUUCAACCAAUGAGUUCAGAUUGUUCUGUUAUUUUGUUCUUUUGAUCAAAUAGCCAUUGCCCAAGAGAAAUGUAAUAAUAAUUUUCUUUACCUGUGUAUCUGGCCUGCAUAAUUGUGUUGCUUAAAAAUCAAAAUAUUACCCUGGUUUAUACAAGGAUUCAAUGGGUAAAUAUCUAAACAUUACACCUGCUAGUGUUUAUCCUGUUACAUAAGUAGCUUAAAAUAAAGGUACUAAAUAGUCCGUUACAUAAGAAAAUAGAAAAUCCUACCUCUUUUCUGGCUUAUAAAAACCCGCGCAAUUUAUGUUUGUGUCAAUACGAUUCGGGCAGUCGUUUCACUCGGUGUUGUUAUGCGUGCUCUGUACAGUUAUAAAUUUUGUGCAAUACUGUUAUAAUACAAGUGCAGAAUAAUACAAGUGUAUAUUUUAAAUAUUCAACGUGCCGUGAAUUUCACUCAAUCACGACAAUGUCGGCCAAAGACAAACGCAAGUCAGGAUCCAUGUAUAGAUCCAUAGAAGCCAAUAAUAAAAAGCUUGAUGCUGAAUUGUUUGGAGAGAGUAGUGAAGCUGGGCCAAGUAAUAUUCAGACAGCUACGUCAAAUGUAGAGUUCAGUGAACACCCGAAUUGUGAGAACCAUCCUUGUCCAUUUGAUGAAUACAUCUUGCAAGAAGAAUACGUCAGUGAUUGGGUUACUAUCGAUGCAUUCGACGAUACGGAAGUAUAUGAAGAGGUCAACGAAGAUUACGAUGAAGCCGAGGAAACUAUGCACAGCACACAAGAGUCUCAACACGAGGAGGAACCAUUUGAUGAGCUUAUUCGAAAUUGGGCAUUAAAAACAUACCAAACACAUCAAGCUCUAAAUGGACUAUUAGAAAUUUUACGUAAAAAAAAUAACUACCAGCUGCCGAAAGAUGCGCGCACGUUGCUUAAGACAAGGCAAUGUGGAAAAGAAACGUACCCUAUAGCAGGGGGAGAAUUUUGGUUCCCUGGGGUACGAUCGGUUCUCAAGGAUCACUUUCGCGAUGUGCCACCAAGAGUCAGCAAAUUUUCGUUGAACUUUUCGAUUGAUGGACUUCCACUGCACAAGAGCACUCGAAAACAGUUUUGGCCCAUAUCAAUGAGCAUUCAAGAAAUGCCGGAAGUUCCAGUAUUGAUGGUUGGCAACUUUUUUAGUGAAUCGAAACCAAAGAGUGUUGAGGAAUAUCUGCGUCCGCUUGUCGACGAGCUAAAUGGGUUGAUGGAUAAUGGCAUUGUAAUAGCCAAUAAGCCAAUCGAAAUACACGUAAGAGCUUUCAUCGCGGACUCACCAGCACGAGCAUUCAUAAAAGUUUACUUCAACCACACACAUGGUUGCCAAAAAUGUACGGUACAAGGAAAAUAUCACAGCGCACACCGAGUUACAUGUUUCCCGGGAAUGAAUCAUCCAGCAAGAACGCAUGAAGAUUUCGUCCAAUCAAAUUACGGAGCACAUCAUCGGGAAAAAACGCCUCUCAUGGAUCUUAAGAACUUUGACAUCAUAAAGCAGAUUAUUAUAGCAGAUCGUUUGCACCUCUUUGACUACGGCGUAACAAGAACAAUGCUGAAAGGAUGGAAAUCAGGCAAAUUAGGAGGGGGUGCCAAGUGGUCUGAAGAAACAAUAAGCAAGAUUGAUGCUUUGCUGAAGGAGGUGGAACUUCCUUUAGAGUUUCAUCGCAAACUCCGUUCUGUUGAAGACAUUGGAUUGUGGAAAGCUAGUGAGUUCCAAAUGUUUCUGCAUUAUCUUCUUAUCCCUUUGAAAGUAAGCUCCAGCAUGUCAAGAACUGUCUUCGAAACGGUCAUAAGGUUUUGGUGCAGGCUGCAAAUAGGAUAUCGGAGCAAAACCCACAUACUGCGUCAUCAAGUACAGCAAAUCUCUCUUUUCCAUUUUUGAAAACCAAAACUAAUGGAGUAGCAUUGCACAUUAAUCGACAAUUAAUUCUUUCUCCUGGUAUUCAGUCCAAUUGGUUUUUGACUCAUGAUAACUACAUAGUUAAAUAUUGUAGCGCAGAACAAAAAGAUUCAACUAUAAUAAUUAAUGGGAGAGCAUUCAAUUAUAUAACGGAAACCCACUCGUACUAUAUUUCACCUUUUAUGAAGGAUAUAUAUGAAGAAAAUAUAAGUAACCUUCGUACCGAUGAAAUGGUAUUUUUACCCUGGAAUAUAAAGUGUAAAUUAGUAGCUAAUAAAACUACUGAUAACUGCUUAGUGUUAGUACCCUUUCUC